AUGCUGCUGCGCCUGCUGCUGGCCUGGGCGGCUGCGGUGCCCGCGCUGGGCCAGGGCCCCUGGGCUACAGAGCCCCGCGCCGCCUGCAGCCCCGACAGCUGCUACGCGCUCUUCCCGCGGCGCUGCACCUUCCUGGAAGCCUGGCGGGCCUGCCGAGAGCUGGGGGGCGACCUGGCCACUCCGCGAACGCCCGAGGAGGCCCAGCGCGUGGACAGCCUGGUGGGUGCCGGCCCAGCCAGCCGCCUGCUGUGGAUAGGGCUGCAGCGGCAGGCCCGGCAAUGCCAGCCACAGCGCCCACUGCGCGGCUUCACGUGGACCACGGGAGACCACGACACGGCCUUCACCAACUGGGCCCAGCCUGCCACGGUCGGGCCCUGCCCGGCCCAGCGCUGUGCGGCGCUUGAGGCGAACGGCGAGCAUCGCUGGCUCGAGGGCUCCUGCACGCUGGCCGUGGAUGGCUACCUGUGUCAGUUUGGCUUUGAGGGCUCCUGCCCAGCACUACCAGAGGAGGCUGGCCAGGCGGGCCCAGCCAUCUACACCACACCCUUUCACCUGGUCUCCACCGAGUUCGAGUGGCUGCCCUUCGGCUCUGUGGCUGCUGUGCCCUGCCAGGCUGGCAGAGAAGCCUCCCUGCUGUGCGUGAAGCAGCCUGAGGGUGGAGUGAGCUGGUCUCGGGCUGGGCCCUUGUGCCCAGGUACUGGAGGCUGCAACCCGGACAAUGGGGGCUGCGAACACGAGUGUGUGGAGGAGGUGGAUGGUCAUGUGUCCUGUCGCUGCAGUGAAGGCUUCCGGCUGGCAGCAGACGGGCGCAGCUGCGAAGACCCCUGCGCCCAUGCCCCAUGUGAGCAACAGUGUGAGCCUGGCGGGCCACAGGGUUACAGCUGCCACUGUCGCCUGGGUUUCCGGCCAGCCGAGGAUGAGCCCCACCGCUGUGUGGACACGGAUGAGUGCCAGAUCGCUGGUGUGUGCCAGCAGAUGUGUGUCAACUACGUCGGUGGUUUUGAGUGCUACUGCAGCGAGGGCCAUGAGCUUGAGGCUGAUGGCAUCAGCUGCAGCCCUGCGGGGGACAUGAGUGCUCAGGCUUCCCAGGACCUUGAGGACGAGUUGCUGGAUGACAGAGAGGAUGAAGAACUCAGAGGUGAGGCCUGGGAGGACUUCGAUGGUGGCUGGACACAGAUGCCUGGGAUACCGUGGAUGGAGGCCACACAGCUGCCUGACUUUGGCCUGGCCUAUAGACCUAGCUUCCCAGAGGACCAAGAGCCACAGAUGCCCUACCUGGACCCUACCUGGCCACCCCCACUCAGUGCCCCCAGGGCCCCCUAUCACUCCUCAGUGCUUUCCGUCACCCGGCCCGUGGUGGUCUCUGCCACACGCUCCACACUGCCUUCUGACUACCAGCCCUCUAUUAUUUCUGCCACACACCCACCCCUGGCCCCUGACCCUCGGCCCCGCAAGGUCCCUGCCAUGAACCCAGUUUUGCCCCCUGACCACCAGUUCCCCAUGAUCUCAACCAACUAUCCCAAUAUUCCCUCUGUCCGCCAACCACCUGUUAUCUCUGCCCCUAUCCCAACACGGCCCCCUGCCCACCAGCCCCCAGUUAUCUCAGCCCACCAGUCCCCCAUGUCUCCAGACACCCAGGUGGCUGAUCCCCAGACCACCACUCACUGGCCUCGAAUCCCAGCGAAUCACAUCCCUCUGGUCACCACCUCCAGUGUUCAUCACCCCCCUGUAACCCCAGGUGUUCCAGUCCUCAAAGCCCAGGCCACCCACCUUCCCAUAACCUCGACUGUCCAGCCAUCUCUGACCAAUACCUCCAGAUCCCCUGUGCCCCCCACCCAUCAAGUCCCUGUGCCUGCUGCCACCCAGCCCCCAGUCCUUCAUACUCCCCUGCCCCCUCAGACCCCCACUAACCAGACCACUCCCAUCAGCCCUACUCACAUCUAUUCCAAAGCCCCACAGGUCCCAAGAGAAGGUGCCUCUGAUCCCAAGCUGACCCCAUGGCUGUCCUCAUCAGCCCCCACAGCAGCCCCAACAGCCCUGGGGGAGGCCAGUUCUGCAGGCCGAAGCCGCAGGGAUGACCGAUGGCUGCUUGUGGCACUCCUAGUGCCAACAUGUGUCUUCUUGGUGGUCCUACUUGCACUGGGCAUUGUGUACUGCACCCGCUGUGGCCCCCACACACCCAACAAACGCAUUACGGACUGCUAUCGCUGGGUCACCCAGGCUGGGAACAAGGGCCCAACGGAACCCAUGCCCCACCGGGGCAGCCUCACAGGGGUGCAGACCUGCAGAACCAGCGUGUGAUGGGGUACAGUACCCCACUCUGUGGGGUGGGAGGAAGGGGCAUACAUUGGACACAUGGCCCAGGCUACACCAGUGACCCAUGGGGGCUGCCCAGAUGGACAGAGGGCAUCCUGCUCCCCAGGGCAUAGCCAGGCUCCUCUGUCAGUCAACCACUAGACUUGACUCAAGAAAACUCUGCUCCCUGGCCUGGCACUUAUGACAGAGGAGAUGUCAAGGCCCCCAGGA